AUGGAGUCAACCAAGGAAGAGUCAAUCGGUUCGUCCCGGGUCAAGCUUAACGGCCCGUCAGACUGGAAACAGUGGAUAAGCAUUAUCCAGAAAUUUGCCAUUGCGCACGGAAUCUGGGACUUUGUCGAUCCAAGUCGACCACUCAAUCCGGCUCCACGGGAACCACGGAGACCGGAACCAUCAGAUCUGCAGGAUGAGGCGACACUCGUAACCCUCAAUCCUGACAAGAUCAAAACCUUCGAACUUCUGACUUCCCAGUAUCGACAUGAGUACUCUAUCUUCAAGGCACGACAAAAGGCGCUAGCAAGCCUGCAGGAACACAUCGUCAGGACCUGUGGGAACUACUACAACACCAUUGCCUACGAACAUGACGUUGCAAAGGAACUUAAAGUCCUCAAACAGAGGAUCCAGCCCACCAGCUGGGCACAAGAACAAGAUGUCCUUGACAGAUUUCAUUCCACAUUGAAGUCACCCAACAGGACCAAGAUUUCGGAUUGGGUCACGAAGUGGCACCAAGUCCUUACCGAAGCCCAACAGCUCGGAAUUCCAGAUGCCCAAGGACUCAGACCGACUCGGUUGUUCUUGAAGGCAGUUUCGGGAGUAAAUCCCACGUUUUCUCAUUACUGGCUCAACAAGAUGGAGGACGAAGCUCGUGGCAUCGACCCCCUCUGGCAAGGUCGAUUCCCAGACGGCAUUGAGAUCAGUACCAUUUUCGAGAGGGCACAUUCCCUCACGUCUGACCAGAAGGGAGGAAAAGGCGGAAACACGUUUGCCACUUGGCAGCAGACUUGCAAAUAG